AUGGAAAGGUUAUAUUAAAACUAAAAUAAGAAACUCUAAUUAUAAGAAGAGAGAUUUACUGAAAUUGAAAGGGAAAAUCGUAUCUUACUAGAAAAAAUUCAAAAUAUCAUGAAUAAUGAGCGCAAAAGAGCCACUUCUAAUUGGUAAACUAGCAAUCAACCUGCUGCAAAUUUCAAUUAAUCUUAAUCAGUCCAUAGGAGAUAUUCACUCAAUAAAGAAAAAAGGAAGAAAGAGUUAGUCAGAAUCACAAUUGAAAAUGAAAGAUUAAUGAACAGAUUAGUAACCAGAAAACCCAAUUAUAAUACUAAAGUUAUUUUGAAGCAAACCUCAAAGCAAUAAUAGUUGGUCUAAUAGAUAGCUGAAUACCCUCUUAAAAGGUCUAGAAUCCAUAGUUCCUAUAAGUAAAAGAGCAUUGAUCUAUCAAAGAGUAGUUUUAUCGGUUAUUUACCUACUUAGCCUAAUUAAACACCGAAUAAUUAACCUUCAAAGAAAGUUAUGCUCUAUAAAUAAAAUAAAACAAUUAAUGAUAAAUAGUAUUACAUAGAAGUGUUCUACGAAGAUGAUUUAUUUAAAAUUACUGUUGAUGACAAAGAGUGUCCAAAUACAAAGGUCUUUGAAAUGCCAUAAGAAGAUGGCUAAUUAGUUUUGAAAGAGAUCUAUAAUAAUAAUAUCAUAUAACUAGUAGACGCUAUAAAUGUUGAUCAGAACAUUCAUCUUGCAGGAUUGGAAUAAUUCGAGGAAUCUCAAUGA